UGUAAUUGUUUUCACUGGAGGUGCUCUUUCCUUUAGUAACUGUGUUAAAAAGUCUUAUGUUCCACUUUGCAACACCGUGUCUGAAACUUAAUUGAAUGCAGUUUCUUUUUCUGGAGGCUUCAGAUGCAUCUGUCUUCGAGAAAUAACCAGCUGUAAUGUAAUAAAUCAUCAUUAGUCAAGAUGUCUUCAGCACCAGAGUCUCCCGGCUUUAAAAAGGAACCACCCAAAGAGAAAGACUUUAAAAACCCAGGGCUCAGAGGAGUCCGCACGACAACCUUAUUUCGGGCUGUGAAUCCAGAGCUCUUCAUUAAACCCAACAAACCUGUAAUGGCUUUUGGACUGAUAACCCUUUCCCUUUGCGUGGCUUAUAUUGGUUAUCUACAUGCAUCCCAGGAGAAUACAAAGGAUCUCUACGAAGCUAUUGAUAGUGAGGGACACAGUUAUAUGAGGAGGAAAACAUCUAAAUGGGAUUAACAGUGCUGGAUGCUGCAGACGGAGCUUUGCUAAAGGCCCUGAAAUCUUCUAAUGGAAGACUUUGUGAGUGCACAGUAUCAUGCUCCUUGUUCUAGAAUGUGUUAAUGAGGAAGGAAGGUAGCAGUUGUGAACGGGCCACUAGACUACAUCUCAUCCUGCAGCCCUUACCCCAUUCUUUGUUCACAGCAAGAGCUUCUCAAUAUUUUUCUUUCAUGAAGUCCUUGUAUGAAAGUGCCAUUAAGAAUGGAAGUUGUUUUUGUGAAUUAACUUCUAUAUAAUAAAAAUAUAGUGCCGGUGCUGUUAAA